CUAAAAAACCGGUUUCUAAAGACAAAACAAAUUAUCAUAUAUUUUGUAAAAUAAACUGUGUAUUAUUGAUAUCAAUUGUGUUAAUCAGUGAUUGUUUAACACAAGAAACCAAAGGCGGAACAAAAGGAAGAGUCAAAGGUUUUCUUCGACGACAAAGAAUGUCUCCGUUAAGACGCGAUGGUAUUGUUCCCGAUAUUAUCGAUUCCGUACCAAAAAACAAGAUAACUAUCAAAUAUUCAUCUGGAGUUGAGGUCAACUAUGGCAACGAAUUGACACCAACACAGGUUAAAGACAAACCACAGGUCAAUUGGCCGACAGAAUCGGGUGCUUAUUAUUCGAUAGCAAUGAUAGAUCCUGACGCCGGGACGGGUCGAUUCAAACAUUGGCUAACUAUUAAUAUUCCCGGCACUGACAUCAGUCAAGGGCUUACGUUAGCUGACUAUAUGGGUUCGGGUCCUCCACAGGGAACUGGAUUACAUAGAUAUAUAUUUUUGGUGUACAAACAGCCGGAUGUUCUCAAAACUGAUGAAAUACAGGUUACCAAUCGAAGAAUUGAUGGUCGCAUAAACUGGGAUAUAAGAGAUUGGGCUAAAAAUCAAAAUUUGGGCGAACCUGUAGCCGCUAAUUAUUAUAAAGCACAAUACGAUGAUUAUGUGCCCAUUUUGUUCAAACAAAUUGAUUUCAGUUAA